UAAUGUUGAAUCAGUGUAUAUUAUAUACGCGCUAAAACAAGAAUUUAUAUAUAUCUUUUUUUGUUUAUUCUUAUUCGAGAUCAUUGUUUUAAAACUCUUAAGUGUUAUUUUUAGCAUUUCGCGUACGUUACAAGUUGUGAAUGAAUGAACGAAAUUUUUACGCCUCGGGGCAAAUGGAAAUAUAUGCAUGAUAUGAUAGAGAAAUAGAGCGGUCUUAUCUUGUGUUUUAUGUAUUUUAUGGUCAUAUUACACUAAACUGACGUUGUACGUAUGUUAAAUUAAGUUGUGUUAUCUUUUAAAGCUUGUUCUUUCUCCGUGGAAUUAAAAGCUGUAUACUUAAGUUUUCUGGAGGUUUAUUCAGUGCUAUCAGUUAAUGCUUUUGAAUGUUGAGAGAUAUUGAAUGAGCGGAAAAGCAAUACAACGUGAUAAGUUGGAGGUAAAAGAAGAUAAAAAUGUUAAAUUCUGGCGUUAAAAUGGAAUAUUUGAAAAUAUCUUUUAAUUAAAUUCAUCGUUAUUUAAUUUUAAAGUGUUAAGAUAAAUCACGAUUGCAUCUGUAAGUGUUGAAUUUUAAAAAUUUAAUAGUUUUCGUACAUUAUUAAAGAGUGUUUUAUAAUAAUGGAAAGUUUAUGAUAAGGGUAAAAUUGACGGAAAAUUAUCAUUUAUUGGGGGAAAUCCCUGAAAAUAUCUGAUAUUUGAAAGGUUUACAUUUAUUUAGAUAUAUCUGAGGUAAAGCAGGUAUCAAUUCGAUAUAUAUACGAGGUAAAUACAAUAUAAACAAAUAGAUAAUGUCAAAAUGAGCGGUCUCUUAUGUAAACAAAAUAUUGAGUACAAGUAAACAAACUUUCUAUCGAGUAGAAAAGAACAUUUUCACGGCCAAUGGCAGUUAACAUUUGUAGUUAGAAACUCUGCCAGAUAUUUACGAUAAAAAUACAGACCUCUUAGCUCUUCUGGCAUUUAUAGAAUCUUGAUACUUUCCAAAUUACACAGAUUUGAUCGCAACAUAAUAACUAGAAAUUAAUUACAAGAGUCAGGCUUAAUUUCGUUCAAAUUACCAGUAUGAAUAUUUACACGAUUGGUCUGCAUAAAAGUCAUAUACGAAGGAGUGUAAUAGUAUUAACAAAUUGAAUUAUUCGUUACAUUAAAUAAUGGAAUACUAGUGAUUAACAAUCGUACAAGUUAUUCAAAAUCAAGGAAUUUUAAAGUGAAACUAUGGAAACGAAACAGGAUUUACACAAACUUAUUAAAACAAAGGACGAACAGAUACGACAACUGCAAAAGAUCGUUGCUGAGAAAGACGAAGAAAUUGAACAAUUGAAAAGCCAGCUGGAUAAAUUCCAGUCAGUGCUUCCUAAGGCUUUGGUGCAGCCCAGGAAGGUUCGAGCCCAGGGUAUCUCGGCUGAGCCUCAGACGGCACGAAGUAUCCAGGACUAUGUCACAAACAACGCCUUGCGAAAAUACCCGAAAUCCAACAGUUCAAAAGAACUAAUCAAAAGAGCCAUACUAGACAAUGAUUUCAUGAAGAAUCUUGAACUCAGCCAAAUCCACGACAUUGUAGAAUGUAUGCAUCCAGUCGACUUUUCCAAAAACAGUUUGAUAAUCAAAGAGGGCGAUGUAGGGUCCUUAGUAUACGUCAUGGAAGAGGGCAAAGUUGAAGUCACCAAAGGGAAUUCCAAAUUAUGCACCAUGGGUCCUGAGAAAGUAUUCGGGGAACUUGCAAUAUUAUAUAAUUGUACCAGGACUGCCAGCGUUAAAGCAUUAAUGGCAUGUAAGUUAUGGGCAAUAGACCGACCAUCCUUCCAAAGUAUUAUGAUGCGAUCAGGCCUUCUAAGGCAGAUUGAACAUAAAGAAUUUUUGAAAAGUGUACCCUCGUUUAAAAACUUACCUGAAGAGACGAUUAGCAAGAUAGCUGAUGUUUUAGAGGAGACUCACUAUAACAAUGGCGAGUGUAUCAUCAGACAGGGGGCACGAGGGGACACGUUUUAUAUUAUAUCAAAAGGAAAGGUUAAAGUAACCAAAAGAACUUCAAAAGGUUCAGAGGACCAAUCUUUACGAUAUCUUCAACGAGGAGAGUUCUUUGGCGAAAGAGCCCUACAAGGAGAAGAUAUAAGAACAGCAAAUAUCAUAGCAGAUGAUCCCGAUGGUGUUGAUUGUCUCGUUCUAGACAGAGAGUCAUACACACAGCUUAUCAGCAACAUAGACGACUUACAGCGUAGCUACGAAGACGAAGAAAUAGUAAACAAUGUUGCCGCAGAAUUUGCCAAACUCAAACUCGGUGAUCUCAGUAUUGUUACAACUCUUGGAGUCGGCGGAUUCGGCAGAGUCGAACUGGUACAAAUUAACAAUGACGAUAGUCGAACGUUUGCAUUGAAAAUCAUGAGAAAACACCAUAUAGUUGAAACACGCCAACAGGAACAUAUCAUGAAUGAAAAGAAGAUUAUGUCCGAGUCCAGAUCCGACUUUAUUGUCAGAUUAUAUCGUACAUUCAAAGACAGAAAGUACCUCUAUAUGCUAAUGGAAGUGUGUCUAGGUGGAGAGCUGUGGACAGUUCUUAGAGAUAAAGGAUCAUUCGAUGACACUACAACAAGAUUCUAUACGGGUUGUGUUCUUGAAGCCUUCACCUAUCUGCACAGUAAAGGCAUCGUCUACAGAGACCUCAAACCGGAAAAUCUUCUUAUUGACUCUCACGGGUAUUGUAAAUUGGUUGACUUUGGUUUUGCAAAGAAGGUUGGUUUAGGACGUAAGACUUGGACUUUCUGUGGCACACCUGAAUAUGUCGCACCGGAAGUCAUCUUAAACAAAGGUCAUGAUAUAACUGCAGACUACUGGUCAUUAGGAAUAUUGAUGUUCGAACUUCUAACUGGAAGUCCACCGUUUUCUGGGCAGGAUCCCAUGAAGACAUACAACAUUAUUCUUAAAGGUAUCGACACGAUAGAAUUCCCGAGGAAAAUUACAAAAAAUGCCACAAACCUUAUCAAAAAGCUAUGCAGGGAUAUACCGACGGAAAGAUUGGGCUUUGGAAGAGGCGGAAUACGAGAGAUACAAAAACAUAAAUGGUUCGAAGGAUUUAACUGGGAAGGCUUGCGAAAGCGCACUUUGACUGCACCAUUACAACCAAAGAUUAAGAGCACCGUUGAUACAUCCAAUUUUGACGAUUAUCCAGAAGAUGACGAGUCACCUCCCCCUGAUGAUCUUACCGGUUGGGACAGAGAUUUCUAAUUAGAGUCAGCUCCCACUGAUGACAUCACCAGUUCGAACAGAUUUUAAUUGUAGUCACUAUUUGUGAAGAGGGAUAAAUUCAUGCUAUAGAUGUUUCAUUUAUUCGUAAAAUGAGGCAAAGACUGGUGAAAAUGUGACACACUUUAAAGUCAGGAAGACACAAAAUGACGCUACAGUAUUUUAACGGGAGCAUUUAAUGACGUCACCAAGUGUGUCAUAGUGCAUCAAUAUAUUGAUGGAUAUGUUGUGAUAUUCCAAAGAUGUUAAAAUGGUACUCUAGUUUAUCGGAAUAUUUCGUGAUAUUCUGAUAAAAAAGGCUAAUUUUGUGAUAUACAGUUGUAUUUCGUAGCAUCUAAUAAAUGUUGACAUUGUUUAAACAUUCGGGACUCAUUGUAUUAAUUAUUGCGUGUGAAUGAUGCGAAGUGUCAGACUGUGGCUGGGCCGCGGUUAAAGUUUUUCAUUUUAAGGACAAUAUUGCUAAUAUUGUGGCAUGAGUACUUAUGCUGCAUAAUAUGACAGACAAAAUAUUCGACAGAUGUGAUGUUAAGAAUCAAACCGGCUUAUUGCGGAUGCCAUCGAACUGAUAAUGGUGUAUAUAUAUAAGAAAAUACCGUAGGUAGUCCAUUUCUCUACAUAUUAUAUUUCAGAAACUUUCAGAGCUAUUAGAUUGUUUUCUUAUACUAUAGCGAACAAAUAGAAAUACUAUCUAUAAAUGGCAUUUUUCACAUGUUCGCAUUUAGUUUAUAACUGUAUCCAGUAUUUUAGGAAUUUUGAGAAACGGUGCCUUGGUAUAUGUAUACCAGAUGUAUAAUGUUCAUUACUUGUUUUAUACACAUUAUUUUAAACAUAUUGUUAGACCCGGUUAGUGCCGGUCGUUUGUGAGUAAGGCUAGAAGUAGCUGUCGUUUUACUGGUUUAAACAUAAUAAAGAUUUAAAACCAUA